AUGGGUGACGAUUUAUUUCUUUGUAUAGAAUCAUGUCGUAGUACCAAUACUAGUGGUGCACUUGUUGGUAAUGAUUCUUAUGAUCUUGAAUGUAUAACAAAAUGUUCACAACGUCAUACAACAUUAUAUCAAAGUACAGCCGAAAAAUAUACACACAUCUUACAAAUAAUUGCUGUUGUUCUUAUUACGUUUGGUUUAAUUGGAAAAGUUUUUAAUUGUAUUAUUUUUCUACGAAAACCGCUUCGUGGAACAACAACUGGUGUAUUACUUUUAUUGAAAACAAUAUUUGAUACAUUUCCACUUUUAUGGACAUUUAUUUUUGAUACAAAAUUUUUUGUUCAAGAUGAUCAGAUAAAUGCAUCGAAAUUAAUAUGUGUUUUAUCACGUAGUAGUGAUAUAUUCGUAUCUUGGUCAAUUGGUUUUGUUAUACUUGCUUGUACAGUACGACUUAUCACAAUAAUACAUUCAAAACGUUUUCCUCAACCAACUCCUUUACAUGUAUUUGUACUUAUUUUAUCAAUGAUGUUUUGUGGUUUAGUUUAUAAUUGGCAUCUUUUUUAUUAUCAAAAUUUGGUAACAGUACCAGUAAUUGAUGAUAAAAAUCGUUCGUUUACAUACUGUAAUGUUUUAUUCGGACGACAAAUGGGUUAUUUUUCAUUUGGAGGCUUUCUAGCUACUCAAGAAUUUCUUUACAAUGCUCCUAUUGUUAAUUUUAUUGUUUCAUCAUUAAUUCCAUUUGCAAUCGUUGCAACAACAAAUAUUGUUAUUAUUGUUUAUGUUUUAAAAGCUCCACCAAAACGUAUAACAAGAUUAAGUUUACAUGCAAAUGGUACAAAUAAAAAAAUAGCUGUUCAUCAAUUAACUUCAUCAGCUCAACAUGCAAAUAAUCAAGUAACUAAAAAAGAUGUUAGUUAUGAAACAACAAUAACAUUAACAACAAGUUGUGUAUUUUUAACAACAAAUAGUAUAGCAAGUAUAUAUGUUUAUGUUAAAUCAAGUCAUCGUUCAAAUCGUACACGUUUAACAGAAGAUUUAAAAACAUCAAAUGUUUAUCUUAUUUUACGUAUGUUAACAUUAAUUGAUACAGUUUUAGAAUUUUAUAUUUAUUUUUUAACUGGAAAAAAAUUUCGUGAAGAAGUUUAUCAGGUCAUACGAGAAAUUAUACAAUAUACACCAUUAAGAAAAUUUUUUAAAUUUGCACAAACACCAACAGCACUUCGAACUUUAAGUCGAAAUCAUCAAAAACAACAUAUUCAUAAUAAUAAACAAUCGAUUGGUGAUACAUAUAGUUUAAUGAAUUUAACUAAUAAUUCAAUUGAUACAUUAAACCAACAACAACAACAAC